UGACAGCGUUCUUCUACUACGCAAUUCUUGUCUUUUGAUCCUCGCCUGGCCUGCGACAACUGCAAUCUACUCCGUGCGAGCGAAACAUUGCGGAUCUCACAUGCGACAGGCAACCCAUUUCCACAGUUGACAGUGAUUGCUCACACCUCGAAACACAGCCUUGUCGCCAGGACAUCUGGUUAACCCGAUAUAAAAUAUGCAACCAGAAUAACCGAUGUGAUGACCUCGAUUCGCUCUUCAUCGACUACCGCCCGCUCACGCUCACUCACCCCCGAUCGUCGAGUCGUGCGCAGGUUAUCUGGUUUCUCUAUCAAUUCACCGAUAGAUCAGCAACGUCCGCCUGUCGACAACGGACAUGCGCCCGCCAUCACGGAAGAAAUAAAUGAGAUUAAACGCUACGAGGACUUCAACACGAUUGACUGGGUUCAGGAUGAGCUGCACGAGCAAUUUCGGAGGCGGGCCAAACGACGAGAAGGCUCUGGAUUCUGGGAUCAAGAGGGCACCUUUGGAUGGAGGCGUAAGGUGCGCGAGUCCUACGAUGCUGGACAGGCCUGGUUGGUGGUUACGAUUGUUGGUGCCGCAAUUGGAUUGAAUUCGGCUUUUCUCAACAUCGUCACGGAGUGGUUGUCGGAUGUCAAGUUAGGGUAUUGCACGACUGCAUUCUAUCUCAAUGAGCAGUUCUGCUGCUGGGGGGCAGAGGAGGGUAUAUAUUUCGCUAAGCUGUUUCAGAUUAUCUGUUUUGUAUGAUGCUUACCUAUCUUCUCUUGGUUUGUAGGUUGUCCCGAAUGGAAGCGUUGGACGUCGUUUGGGCUUCUGAAUUACGUUUUCUACUUUUUCUUUGCCGUUCUGUUCGCAUUCAUAGCCGCUGCCCUGGUCAAAUCUUUUGCUCCCUAUGCAGCCGGGUCCGGGAUAUCGGAGAUCAAAUGUAUCAUUGCGGGCUUCGUCAUGAAAGGCUUUCUGGGCGUAUGGACACUGGUAAUCAAGUCAAUCGGAUUGCCUUUGGCCAUUGCAUCCGGACUGUCUGUGGGUAAGGAAGGGCCCAGUGUGCAUUUCGCCGUAUGCACAGGAAAUGUGAUCUCGCGUUUCUUCAGCAAAUACAGGCGAAAUGCUGCGAAGACCCGAGAAAUCCUGACAGCUGCAGCUGCAGCUGGUGUGGCUGUUGCAUUUGGUAGUCCCAUAGGCGGGGUUCUUUUUUCACUUGAGGAGAUGUCUUCUUACUUUCCCCUGAAAACCCUCUGGCGAAGUUACUUUUGCGCUUUGGUGGCUACCAGUGUGCUAGCGGCGAUGAAUCCAUUCAGAACCGGGCAAUUGGUUAUGUUUCAAGUGCAGUAUGACCGCAAAUGGCAUUUUUUCGAACUUCUCUUCUUCGUUAUACUCGGCAUUUUUGGCGGGUUAUACGGCGCGUUUGUGAUCAAAUGGAACCUCCGAGUUCAAGCUUUCCGGAAGAAGUAUCUUUCUAAAUAUCCCAUCACUGAAUCAGUGAUAUUGGCUGGCAUUACCGCCAUUUUAUGCUACCCGAAUAUGUUUCUGAGAAUCAACAUGACGGAAAUGAUGGAAAUUCUGUUCCGUGAAUGUGAAGGGGCUAAUGAUUACGGCGGUCUUUGCGAGACCAAGAAACGGUGGACCAUGGUUUUUUUACUGGCAAUUGCGACGAUUCUCCGGACAUUCCUGGUCAUUAUAUCAUAUGGCUGUAAAGUGCCAGCCGGAAUCUUUGUGCCAUCGAUGGCUGUGGGGGCAUCUUUUGGCCGUAUGGUUGGAAUGAUGGUCAGGAGUCUGCAAGAGACCUUUCCUGAUUCCCAGUUCUUUGCUUUUUGUGAGCCAGACGUUCCAUGUAUUACACCGGGAACGUACGCCUUUCUAGGAGCUGGAGCGGCGCUCAGCGGAAUCAUGCAUUUGACCAUCUCAGUAACGGUCAUCAUGUUCGAACUGACGGGAGCUCUGACGUAUAUUCUUCCUACCUUGAUCGUAGUGGGUGUUACCAAAGCCGUGGCAGAUCGAUUUGGCAGCGGCGGCAUUGCGGACCGGAUGAUUUGGUUCAGCGGAUUUCCAUUCCUGGAUAAUAAAGAGGAACAUGUAUUCAACGUCCCAGUUUCUCACGCCAUGACAGCUGAUCCCCUCUCACUCCCCGUGUCGGACUUCCCUGUGCGCGAAGCAGAGCAUCUUCUGCAGGACAACAAAUUUCAAGGUUUUCCCAUCGUCGAAGACCGCACAUCAAAGACACUAGUAGGAUACAUAGGCCGUACAGAACUUCGGUACGCUAUCGAACGCGCCCGCGGCGAGGGAUUGCUCUCCCCGCACGCAAAAUGCGCCUUUACCAAGGAGGCCCUGGAUGCAUUGGUAGCUCGCCGGGCUACCGUCCCACGAAAUACUCUGGCAGCAUCCACAUUCGACACUAUACAAUCCGAUAUUGGUGCCGAAUACGUCGACUUCAGCCGGUACGUGGAACACACGCCAUUGACAGUCCAUCCGCGACUACCUCUGGAGACGGUGAUGGAUAUCUUCAAGAAAAUGGGUCCGAGAGUGAUUCUCAUCGAGCACCGCGGGAAACUAUCGGGACUCGUGACCGUCAAGGACUGUCUGAAAUAUCAGUUCACGGUGGAGGCGGAGGAACAUGUAGCUGCCGCGACGAAUGGGCCGUCGCUUGCAUUGGGAGGAGAGUCGAGACAGGAAGUACCUCUGGAAGAGCGGGUAUGGAAGUCUAUGCAGUGGAUUGGAGAGAAACUGUCUCGAACAAAGGAGCGCGUACGAAAUCAUGCCCAUUCCGCUAUCAAUGGAUAUGGAUACGGACAGGGACAUGCUGGAGACCACAUCCUCGACGGGACAGAGGAAAUAGACGCCCCAGUAGAACUAGAAGAGAGAUGAAUCAAAUCCUAGUACCUAACAGACA